AUGGCGGAUGAAGAGCAUAUUCGGCACUGCAUGCUUUACGAGUUCCAAUUAGGAAGAAAAGCAAGUGAGGCUGCAAAAAACAUCUGUAGUGCUCUUGGUCAAGAUGCAGUUAGCGCCAGAAAAUGCCAGCAUUGGUUUGAGAAAUUUCGCGAGGGAAAUUUUUCGUUAGAUGACAAGAGUGGUCGAGGCAGUGUGUCCAAUUUUGAUCAAGAAGCUCUUCAAGCUCUUUUGGUGCAAAAUCCUCAAAUUACCCAACAAUAG